UGUCGUCGGGUUUAUGAUAUUAAUGUACUUCUUUGAAACAUAUUUGGAUCUGAGGCAACAUGCGGCCCUAAAACUGCCAACUCUUCCAAAAACUUUAGUGGGAGUAAUCAGCCAAGAGAAAUUUGAAAAGUCUAGGGCCUAUAGUCUUGAUAAAAGCCACUUCCAUUUUGUCCAUGAGUUUGUAUCUAUACUUAUGGACUCUUCAAUUUUGUUCUUUGGGGUGUUGCCUUGGUUUUGGAAGAAAUCGGGAGAUUUUUUGGUGUUAGUUGGCCUCAACGCAGAGAAUGAAAUACUACACACUCUUGCAUUUUUGGCUGGUGUCAUGAUUUGGUCACAGAUAACAGAUCUGCCAUUCUCUCUUUAUUCCACUUUUGUGAUCGAGGCUCGGCAUGGUUUUAAUAAACAAACAAUAUGGCUAUUCUUUAGAGACUUGGUUAAAGGAAUUUGCCUUGCUGUCAUACUUGGUCCUCCUAUUGUGUCUGCAAUCAUUAUUAUAGUACAGAAGGGAGGGCCAUACCUGGCCAUAUAUCUCUGGGCGUUUAUGUUCGUUCUUUCAAUUGUGAUGAUGACAAUCUACCCUAUUCUAAUAGCUCCACUUUUUAACAAAUUCACGCCUCUUUCAGAAGGUGGUCUCAGGGAAAAAAUUGAAAACCUUGCUUCAUCCCUUAAGUUUCCGUUGAAGAAGUUGUUUGUUGUGGACGGGUCAACAAGGUCAAGUCAUAGCAAUGCCUACAUGUACGGAUUCUUUAAAAACAAGAGGAUUGUUCUCUAUGAUACACUGAUUCAACAGUGCAAAAACGAUGAAGAAAUUGUUGCUGUGAUAGCUCACGAGCUAGGGCAUUGGAAACUUAAUCAUACAAUGUACUCAUUUAUCGCUGUGCAAAUCCUUACAUUUUUACAAUUUGGAGGAUAUACUCUUGUGAGGAACUCAAGCAACUUGUUUCGAAGUUUUGGGUUUGAUACACAGCCAGUACUCAUUGGACUCAUAAUAUUUCAGCAUACUGUAAUACCUCUCCAGCACCUAGUUAGUUUCGGUCUUAACCUUGUCAGCAGAUCUUUUGAAUUUCAGGCUGAUGCCUUUGCUAAGAAGCUUGGUUACACCUCCUCCCUUCGUGUCGCUCUCGUGAAACUACAGGAAGAGAAUUUGUCAGCUAUGAAUACUGAUCCAUGGUACUCGGCUUAUCACUAUUCGCAUCCCCCGCUUGUCGAAAGGUUGGCUGCACUUGAUGAGCCAGAUAAAAAGGCAGACUAACACGGCCUACCUUUGGAUAUACAUCAUUAGAACGUCAAAGUAUUGGGAAUCCUUGCGAGUCAAUAGCUCUAUCUGCUAAUGGAGCUCACACAUCUUCCCAACUAGCAGUAAUAUAACUCAUUGUAGCUAAGAGUUAAAUCAUUCACCAAGAAAUGACCAAAAAGAGGAGAGAGAAUGAAGAAUUUGUCAUAAAUCUGUUAUGUUUCCAAACUAACAAUCAUAACGACUUGCGCUAAGUUAAAGAGUUAUGCUUAUUUUGGUGGCUUUCUGCUAUAUGAUGUAUUGUAGUUUCUUUUGGGAAAAAACUUUUCACAGCGACUAUCCUAAUUUACCUUCCAAGCUUUUCUAUAUCCGUAGAGGAAUUCUUAUCUUAAAUGCAUUGUGGAAUUUGACAGAUGGGCUGUUUUCGUGCUUUAUGUAUGUAUAUGUGUUUUCUGCAA